UUGCCGAAUGGCAACUUCGAGAAUGGACCAAAGCCAUCACAAAUGAAAGGCACAGUGGUGAAGGACCCAGACGCCAUUCCCAACUGGAAGAUUUCUGGAUAUGUUGAGUACAUAAAAUCAGGCCACAAACAAGGCGACAUGUUGCUGGUUGUUCCUGAUGGGGACUUCGCCGUCAGGCUUGGCAAUGAGGCUUCAAUCAAACAGAAGGUUAAUGUCACCAAGGACAUGUUUUACUCCAUAACUUUCAAUGCAGCUCGCACUUGCGGACAAGACGAGAAACUCAACGUCUCCGUUUACCCAAAUUCUGAACCCAAUGACUGGGGAAUUCUGCCGAUUCAAACCGUGUAUAGCAGCACUGGUUGGGAUUCUUAUUCAUGGGGUUUCUUGGCUGAAGCUUCUCAAAUUGAGAUUUCUAUUCAUAACCCUGGUGUUGAAGACGACCCCGCUUGUGGCCCUCUCAUUGAUUCUGUUGCUUUGAAGGUUUUGACUCCUCUCAAGCGUACCAAUGAAAACAUGUUGAAGAAUGGAGAUUUCGAAGAAGGUCCAUAUAUCAUUCCCCAAGCAUCUUGGGGAGUUUUAAUUCCACCCCACAUUGAAGACGAUCACAGCCCUCUUCCAGGAUGGAUAAUUGAGUCUCUUAAAGCCGUGAAAUACAUUGAUUCUGAUCAUUUCUCAGUUCCUGGAGGCAAACGAGCCAUUGAACUCGUCGCAGGAAAAGAGAGUGCUAUUGCACAAAUUGUUAGAACCACCGUAGGCAAGAACUACACCCUCUCAUUCUCCAUCGGCGACGCCGGCGAUUUGUGUGCCGGGACAUUGGGAGUUGAGGCAUAUGCAGGGCUGGAUAGCAUUAAGGUCCCUUAUGAAUCUUCUGGCAAAGGAGGUUCCAAGAAAGCCGAGCUCAAGUUUAAGGCAAUUUCAACAAGAACAAGAGUUACGUUCCUGAGCACAUAUUACAGUAUGCAGAGUGACAAUUCAGGAUCUUUAUGUGGGCCGGUGAUUGAUGACGUUAAAUUGCUGAGUGUUUGCACUGGAAGACGUGUGUGAUUCGAUGAGUUUCAUGGCAAUAUCGCUUGAUGACAGUGAAAGAUUGCUUGCUUGGUACUUAGGUUGGAGCUUCUCAUGCGGUGUGUUUUUCACUUAGCAGGAGCAUAAUGUAACAG